AUGUGGUUCGUGUAUGCAUCUAUCAUUCUGUUUACGCCGCAUAUUGAAUGUGUUGGUCGUUGGGACGUAUUUUCUACAAAUACACUUUUGCAAUGGGUGAACAGCUCGUUAAGGCACGAGUCAGAUCGCAUCGACAACAACAUUAAUUUCGGAGUCAGCACAACAGUGUGUAAAUCCAUUCAUCUAAGCAUGAUGGUCAAGAAUGGGGCACACUAUCCAAGCGAAACACAGAUGCAUCGGAUAAAAACGCUUCAUGAAAAAAUUGUAAAGUUGAAGGAUCCUAAAAAAUUCGUAGACCUAGAUAACUGGAAGCUUCGUUAUGACAUGAAUAUGGCAGGAGAACUGACAAGUAAAGGGAUAGAGGAAAUAACCGAACUAGGUAACAGAUUCGGUAAAAUGUUCACGCCCGUUCUAAAACAGGAUCCUAAAAAUGAAGUUGAAAUACUAUCUUCUGAUGAUCAAAAAUCUAUCAAUUCUUCAAAAUAUUUCGAGCUCGGUCUUAGGAAUCAAAUAAUAAAUAUGAAUAUACAUAACAGAGAAAUAAACAAUACGGAAUUAAACAUUGUCAAACAUUGCUAUAAUUUUGAAAGGCAUCAACAAGAUGAUUCAAAUUCCCUAAAACAGUUUCACCUUUUCUCCAAGACUCCAGAGUUUAUGGCAAUAGUCAACUCAGUGAGAAGAAAACUAGGAAUGAGCAACAACCUGGCAGCAGCUGAUCUUUAUUUGAUAAAUGAAUGGUGUGCCUAUGGGACAUAUAUUUCAAACGACAUGACCUGGUGUCAGCUCCUAUCAGAUGAGGACAGAGGUGUUCUUGAAUAUGGACAAGACAUCUUGAAUUUUUAUAGAUACUCGUAUGGACAGUCUAUCAACAGUAGAAUGAUGUGUCCACUUCUCAAAG